AUGGCUGAAAAUUGUGUAAACUAUCUGAAUCGAGGUUUCUCUGAGGUUGUUGGUGUGUUGGCCAUAUUGGCCAAUCUUGUGUUGGGAUUAUUGGUCCGGAAUCAGACCCCGUUGAUGAUGCAUGGCUAUCGGAAAGUCUUGUACGGCUCAUGUGUUUUGGAUGGAUUGGCGGCCUUGAGUCAUUUACUCAUCGUAGUUGUAAGUUCUGUCGAUCAUUCAAGACCUCAAAUUUCGAAUUUUCUUUAUUUUUUAAAAAUUUUUAUAGUCUGCACUGUGCAGAGGCAAAAAAAGCCUAAAAAUUUGAAUGCACUGUGCGAGAUACAAAAAACAAAAAAAAAAUUGAUUUUCCUUAUAAAAAUAAUUUUUAGACAAUAAAUUUUGUCACCCUCGAUCUUAUUAGAGUAAAAUAUUCGAUUUUAGAUCAAAAGGAAAUUCGAAUUUUCAAAUUUCCCGCCAUUUUUGGCAUUCUGUUUUAGCAUUUACUGCAGCUUCUAUCAGUCUGGCCGAAAAAGAACCGGCCUCCCCGAACCCUUCCGUCGCACUCACUCCAAACCCCAAUUUGCAUCGCGGAGAAAUUUGGAGGGCGUCGCCGAAAGAAAGAGCAAAAACAACGCAUCGCCAGCGAUAAAAGUGGGUUUUGCACAGUGCAAAUGCCCUUUUUCUGCUGUUUCGCACUGUGCAAUCAACAAAAUUCCCACAAAUUCAGCGAUCUUUCGAUGUCGCGCGCACUUUUGCGAUGCAUCGCAAAAACAUUCAAUUUCGAGGUUGCGAUUUCGAGGCGCGAGGGGGGCCGGUUCUUUUUCGGCCAGACUGAUAGAGGUCUCAAAAAUACAAACAAAACGACAGAAAGAGCAUUUUGAACUCGAAAACUUAUCGUUCGAGUAUUUUUGAAGCUAAGGUUUCAAAACAGUUUACUAAAUUGUAUAUUAUCCAUGACAAUUUUUAAUGUCCAAAAAAAUAUAAAAGGCUUUUUCCUGAUACUCUGCCUGGAAUUAAUUUUAUAACCUAUUAGCACACCUUUCCUUAUCAGUAGCAACCAUUUUAGGCCAAAAAAUUACUGAAAUUUCAAACUUUCGAGAAUAUCCAGAAAAUCUAUCACCCCAACUCUAAAAGUGAAGGAAUGAAGCAGUUUUCCGAGUCCAAACUUUUAUUACAAAUUCACCAUGACCUACUACAACAAGCGAAAAAAUAAAAUUUGCAAAAAGUUGCUGUUGAAAUGAUGUCAUCAUGACCGACUUUCUGGAAUUUUGUGGGUUUGCUUUUUUACCGGAGUUUUGGGAGUCCAAAUUUUUAUUACAAGUUUACCAUGACCUACUACAGCAAGUGACAAAAUAAAAUUAGCGAAAAGUUGUUGCUGAAAAGAUGUCAUCAUGACGGAUUUUCUGGAAUUUUGUGGUUUUGCAUUUUUACCGUGCACUUUUCAAUUUGUAUUUUGGAAGAGGAUAAAAAUUAGCCUCUAGAAGUACGAAGUGGUCAUAAGUAGAAAGUACAAUUGUUACAUUCGCAUAACUCCUUAAACAAAAGAGUUACAACCAAAGAUUACAUGCCAUUCUCACUAAACACUUGUACUUUUCAAAAAAAAAGCAUUACAAAAAACUUUCAGCGCCCUUCAAUGGAAAGUGACGUCGCGAUAACCAAUUUUGACGGUGUUUUACCCCAGAUUAUCGACUCAUUUGGCGUUUUGCCUGAGGGCAACUUGGCGUAUUUGAUCGUAAUCGAAUUCUUCUUUCAAUUAAAUACACUGAGCUAUUGCUUUGUACCGUUUACUUAUCGAUACUUCCAUAUUGUUCGGUACGUAAGCGAUUUGUAUUUGAAAAUAUCGAAAAUUGAGAUUUUUUGAAGUUUAAAAAGCCAUAUCUCAGUCAGUUCUGCAUAACGCGGUCCAAAAUUUUUAAGGAUGUGUUAUAGAAGCAUAAUUUAUGAUUAUCUCGAGUUUUGUGAAGAUUGCUCAAAUGAGAUUUUUUGAAUUUUUAAGGCUCAUAUUGUUGUUAGUCUACUAAAACAAAGUCCAAAAUUUUGACUAAAAUUUUGAAAAUCAUAGUCUCUUUUAUUCCCAAUCUAUAUUUAAUUCCAAGCGAAACGAAAUUUUUUACGCCACUUUUUCAAAUUUCAAAACAUUCCAUUCGUAUUUUAGGAAGACAAAUCUCACCAAAACACAGUUCUUACUACUAAUUCUCCUUUAUCUAUGGCCAACCACAGUGCUGGCCAUCAGUUUACCGACAAUGGCGGCCAAAAGUUUUGGCCUAAUGACUGAAUUUUUGGGUCCCGCCACGAAAACCUGUCUUCGUCGGAUUCCCUUCUUUGACCCUCGAUUCGCAUCGAUUGAGGUGAGUAUUAAAGUUCUCGAGUGCUGAAAAUCAUAGAGCGAUAUUUUUCAGCCUAUCAAGGGAUUUGCGUUUUCGGCGUUGUUUUCACUCUUCUUCACGUUCAUUUUUCCAUUUUUCCUUUGCUAUUUCCUGUUCAAAAUCUUCAAAAAGCUGAACGAAGAUGUGCAGAAGGUUUCGGCGAGUGCGAGUCGGAUGCAGCGGCAGAUCACGAUGACAUUGACUGCUCAGGUGAGAUUUUAUGUUAUACUUCGUAUGUAAAGUAAUAUCUUGACAAAAAAGUAGGAUAAAAUUUGUUUUUGGAUAAAAUUUUAAAUUCAAAUUACUUACAACACCAUAUUCCUUCAGUUUCAAUAUGAUUUUCGAUAUAAAAUUCAAAUUUUUUAUUUCCCGCCAUUUUUGGCAUUCUGUUUCAAUCGUCGGAAAUCACUUAAAAAUGCGAAAACUGUUAUAGCAAACCUUCAAAAAGGCUCUAAAAAUUAUUGUCCUCUUUCGAAAUCACCUUAAAGCCCCAAUUUUCGCCAUUUUUCAGUCAGUAGUACCAUUAAUUUUCGUCGCCUUACCAACCUUCUACGCCGCCCACAAUCUCUUUCAUAACAAGGAAAAGACCCUAUCUUUACGGAUCUUUUUUAAUUCGCUCUCUGUGGUCCCAUUAAUCAACCCGCUAACGACUUUAUUUAUGGUCAAAAACUAUCGAAACACCUUGCUGCGAGCCCUGAGAAUCAGCCGAUUCCAACGCAAAACAACAACAACUUCGGUGCUCAGCAAAGCUACAAUUACUGCAUUUCCGAUGCCACUGGAUCCACUCAGAUCGACGAGGUCUUUUUGA